AUGGACAGAGUCCUGUACCAAUGUGAUGUGACCAUACUCCAGGAGCUUGGAGCUGGUUUGGCCUCUGAGAGAAUUGUCGGAGGCCAACCGACUACCAUCGAGGAGUACCCCUGGAUAGUGCAGGUGGAAGCCUUCUUCCCCUGGAUCGGGGAAUGGGUGAAGUAUUGCGCAGGCAGCGUAUUGAACCAGGCGUUUGUCUUGUCCGCGGCGCAUUGCUUUUACGGAUCUUUCUACGCCCCAGAGUUUCGCCGUAUCAGAGCUGGCGCCACCUACCAAAAUACGAGCGGAGUCCUGGCCAAUGUUUUGAGCGAACACAACCAUCCCACCUGGUUAACAUUUGCUUUUGAAGGGGAUAUCACCGUUGUGAGGCUGUUGGACUUCAUUCCUUUGACUCCGGUCAUCCAGCAAGCCACCCUCAUCAACCAUGGUGCCAUCAUUCCUGACAAUGUUCCAGUGGUUUACGCAGGCUGGGGAGCAAUUGCGGAAAAUGGGCCGAGUUCUCAAGUUCUUCAAGCCGUCCAAGUCUACACUGUCAACAAUGAUAUGUGUCGAGAAAACUACGCGACUUUAGAUGAGCCUAACUUCAUCGUCACCAAGAACAUGAUCUGUGCUGGUAUCCUCGACUUGGGAGGCCGUGACGCCUGCCAGGGAGACUCCGGUGGCCCUCUGUACUUCCAGAACAUUCUCAUCGGAGUGGUAUCCUGGGGAAAUGGCUGUGCUCGCGCAGGCUUCCCCGGAGUCAACGCCAAUGUCGCUUCAUACGUGAACUGGAUCGUAGAAACUGCUGUGUUGUAG